GUUGUGUUUGAGCAUUGGGUAACUGCAGCAGCAGCAGCAGCAGAGAAGCUCUGUGUUUCACCGCGGAGAGGUCGGCUCAAAGGAUUUAGGAGCAGAGCUACAGGAAAACAAGCAGACUCAGUGUGUUCUCAGCUGGAGGAUAAUCAAAGAGUCUGCGCCUGCUUGCUGCUGGGCUUGAAGAUACACGCCUUGCACAUUUAUUUCAUUAUUUAUUUAUUUAUUUUUUGCAUACAAUAAACAGUGAGCACAAGCAAGUCUCUGCUUGGACCUAGGUCUGUAGGUUAAUCAUGGGAUCAGCCAAGCCCUUCCUACUCCUGCUGCUGCCCCUGAUGUUUUUCAACAGACUAUCACAGCUGUGGGCUUUUCCGUUCAGCCCAUCCUUGGACCUGGAUGUCACUCCGAGAACUACCGUCUUCUCAAAAGGUCUGUUGGGCAGCACCCGUUUCAUCGGCUCUUCCCGAAACUACAGCACCCUGCUGUUGGAGGAGGAAGCUGGGCUGCUGUAUGUGGGAGGCAGAGGAGCACUCUACGCUCUCAACACAUCCAGCAUCUCCACACCUGCAAACCUCACAAUUGAUUGGGAUGCUUCCCCUGAACAGAAGAAGCAGUGCCUAAACAAAGGCAGAGACAAUCAGACAGAGUGUUACAACCACAUCCGCUUUCUGCAGCGAUACAAUGAGACCCACCUGUACGUCUGUGGAACGAACGCCUUCAGACCGCUCUGUGCUUAUAUCGAUGCAGAGCGAUUCAGCUUCUCCUCAGGUUUUGAGGAAGGCAGAGACAGGUGUCCGUAUGACCCAGCAAAGGGAUUCACCGGCCUCAUCGUAGAUGGCGAGAUGUUCACAGCCUCUCAGUACGAGUUUCGCAGCUCUCCAGAUAUUCGCCGAAACUUUCCAUUCCCCACACUGAGGACAGAGGAGGCGCCCACUCGGUGGCUUCUGGAGGCAGAUUUCGUGGGCUCUGUGCUGCUGAAGGAGAGCAUCAACAGCUCUAUCGGUGAUGAUGACAAGAUUUACUUCUUCUUCACUGAGAGAAGCCAGGAGCAGAUUGCCUACCCGAGCCAGACCAAGGUGUCCAGGGUCGCCAGAGUGUGCAAGACUGACUGGGGAGGCCAGAGGACUUUGCAGAGGAAGUGGACCUCGUUCCUCAAGGCCAGAAUGGUGUGCUCAGUCCCAGAGUAUGAGCUGCACCUCAAUAUCCUGCGUGACGUGUUCGUCCUGCAGGAGCGAGACGCUCGCAGCAGCAUUUUUUAUGGUGUCUUUGGUCUGGAAUGGAAGAAUAUCAAAGCGUCUGCUAUCUGCCAGUACGCCUUCUCAGAUGUGCAGAAGGUUUUCGAAGGGCCGUACAUGGAGGUGCAAGACUCAAAAUGGAGGGAGUACACAGGAAAAGUCCCAGAUCCAAGACCUGGCUCUUGUAUAACAGAUCUGCACAGGUCCCAGAACAUCAACUCGUCUCGAGAUCUCCCAGACAAUGUCCUCACCUUUGCCAGAAGGCACCCGCUGAUGGCCAAACAGGUGCACCCAAUAGGUGUGCGCCCCCUCAUGUUCAAAAGAAGUGUCAACUAUGUCAAGAUAGCAGUGCACAAAGAGCCGGCACUGGACGGAAAUAUUUACACUGUUCUGUUUUUGGGAACUGAUGACGGCUGGCUGCAUAGAGCUGUGGACAUCGAUGGAGAAAUGCAUAUCAUAGAAGAGCUGCAGCUGUUUGAUGAACCACAGCCCAUAGAGAGCAUGGUCAUCUCCUCACCUUUGAGGAGUGUCUAUGUUGGGUCCUACUCGGGAGUCGUGCAGGUACCGAUGUCAACCUGCAAGAGGUACACUUCCUGUUAUGACUGUGUCUUCGCCAGAGACCCCUUCUGUGGCUGGGAUGGGAAAGUGUGUGUGGAAAUAUCUUCACGUGCACAAAAGUCGAACCUAACCCAGGAUAUCUUGAGAGGGGUCAGGGGCUGCAAGGAGAAUUCAGGAAAUGUGGUCCAUCGGAGGCGUUCUGUGAUGUCGGGUGACGACGUGCUACUCCAGUGUGAACUACACUCCAACCUGGCAACUCCACGCUGGACGCUAAACGGCAGGGAGCUCCAGGGAUACGACCUCAAUUCGGGUUAUCGGAUCGGCACAGAUGGCCUCCUGAUAAUCGGAGCUCGCACCCAACAGAGCGGCAUUUACCGCUGCUUUGCUCUCGAGAACUCAGUCUCAGUUCUGGUCUAUCUCUACACAGUAAGGGUUCACACAGAGCCGUACUUCCCUGUGGAACCCACAGCCACAACUAACCCCACUACAAUUUCCAGCCCGACUGUUUUCUCCACCGGUAGCCCCACUGAGCAGCCCUUGCCCUCACCUCCCGCCCCACUUCCUUCAAGACCUGAGUUUCAGACCUACAGACACAUGGAGGCCGUGUACAUCUCUCUGGUGGCGGUUCUCGGUGGGCUUUGCUUGGUGUUGACUGUGGUCCUUCUUUAUGUAAGCUUCUGCACUAGACGAGCCUCUCAGGAUCGGAAGUUCUCCCAGCAAGGUCUCCAAGUCCUAGGUGCCUCUGAGAGAAAAAGGAGCUCCCACCUUGAACUUAAAACCAUCUCCAGCCACUGCAAUGGCCGUCAGGGUCGUCGGUCCAUCUCAGUGCCGAGCUUUGGGGACAUGGGUGAUGGCUUCCUCCAAAUAGUGCCAGGUGAAGGCCAGAUGUCUCCAGCUAAAACACCUCCUCCAGCUCCUCCUCUUCCCAUGCCACCCCCGCUUCCCAACAUGGACUACGCCAACGGGCUUUCGGCCACUCUGCCCAGCGUGCUGAGGAAGAUGAACGGAAACAGCUACGUGCUGCUGAGGCAGGCCGACCCUGACGGUAUGUCCCCGCUCUACCAUUCCUUCACAGAGGAGCUCAACAGGAUCCUGGAGAAAAGGAAACACACACAGCUGGACUUGCAACCCGAUGAGAGCUCCAUCUAGGACACCACUCUUAUGCUUCAUCCCACUGUUAUUUAUUUUUAUCCUAGCGGUGACCCGUAGUUGUGGGGAAAACUGACUAUUUUAUGAAGUGCUGCUCUUAAUUGCACAGAGUACCUGCAGGUCAUGUCAUAACUUGGUCAGAAAUAUUCAGCCUGUUGUGUCUUUGGUGACAAAUGGCCCAGGAUUUCACUAAUCAGAGACUGCUAAAACGUGGAACUGUGAAGAAUUACUACGACCAAGGAGCUUAAAGAUGCUACCUAAAGUGCAAACUCUCUGGAAGUUUCUGAAAGAUGACAGUCAGACGACAAAAAAGGCAAUGUUACAAAAUAGGACAUGGAUACAAAAACUAAAUUAGGCCCGGAGGUGAUCAAGCAUUUCCGAGACUGUGGAGAGAUUCAAGAAGUUUUAGAACCAUGUAAUAUUAGGUAUCUGUGGAGCUUAAAGUGAUACUUCAUCCAAAACAUGCUAAGCAUUAGGCUAUUUUGUAUAAAUUAAAAACAUGGCCUAAGACCAGUAGCACCUAAUGUGCUUACAGCUUUACCACCCAGUCCUGUGCAUGAAGAUGCACCUCUUUGUUGCUUGUGACUGUGUUUGUGGACUGGUAUCAUCACAAACUGCACAGUGAGCCCUUCUAUGAGGCAGAUGGUAAAAGAUGCUUUUUCAAGUGGCUUUUUGAGAAGUCCUAAAAAACAUAGGAUGAACAAGGUCAUCACGGCUUAAGUAAGGAGACAUCCAUGCCCCUUCUCGUCUUUUUUUUUUUAUAAAUGCACUAACCUACCAAACUAAAGACUAAUAAAAGACUUAUGUGGUGUGAAGGUAAAGUUCUGUCUAUGCCCAGAAAAAUAAAAAGCUACAAGAGAUUUAAAUUUGCCCAGUCUCUCCUUCAAGAAUAUCGCCUUGGGCAGCAUUACGACACUUUGAACGUGGCUGUUACUUUUAGGUUGCUGCCUGGAAGUCCCAUUAUACCCUCUUGCAGCUCUGAUUCUGUGAUGUGUGGUGUCGAAACUGGAACCGAUCAUCUUGGAUUUUUUUUUAGGAGAAGAGGGUGAAGUCGGAGGCAAAUCUGGCUUGUGUGGCAGGUGCUCAGCACGGAUUUCGUUGCUGUGGCUUAAAAUAAAUCAUUUUCUAUACACUGUUCAGAUGGUUUUUACCAAAUGUCAUCUCUCAGAUUCUUCAGGAGGCUAAAGUAAAUAUCAGUGUUGGAAAACUCUCCAUGAGGAAUGAAUAAACAUUGAAAAACCCCACAAAUGUCUCCUGGCAGCACCACCUUUGUGCUUGGACACUGUGAACUCUUCCAGUGAAAGCUGCUCUUUGGAUUCUGGAUGUAACCAAAGACCAAGUUUGCAUCAACAGUAAUCAGCUGGAUCACACAGCAGCUGAUGUUUGCUGAGUUUGCUCUGUGAAAUUCUAGAUACAAAAGUGCAAGGGUUCAUAAUGGGACCUUUGGAGGAGCGUGCUAAAAAUAGCUACCCUGGAAGUGAUCCAGAUGUGCACAACAAGAUGACCUUGAAGGGGAGAUUAGCCAAAUUAAAUCAGGUAUAAAUUUAGAUUGACUGAGAUGAGCAGCAAGCCUUGUAUAUUUUUUAAAUGGCUGGAAAGGAGGUAGAGUAUUAAUCCCAUAUUUUCACAAAAUUAAUUGUUUGUGUAAAAUAUUGAGCAUAUGGAGAAAUGAGUGAAAGUUGAGCACACAAAGCUCCAGGAAUGGUUUUUGACUGGCUUGUCAUGUUUCAAACCACUUUUUCUAUUAUGCAUGUCCUUUGCAGAGAUGUAACGAAUGAUUAUUUUCCUAUGAUUUCUCACUUUAGGAUCUGAAAGCUGUGAAUGUUUGGCAUUUUUGCUCGAUAAACAACACUUAUCUUCUCUGUUAAGCAGUCGGCUACAAUCAUUGUAAUAACUAAAAUGUUGACUUUAGUAAAAGUAUCACUUUAAGAAUCCAGUUUUGAUACAACACACUAGAGCACAGAUUUUAAGACAAGUCUUACAUUUUAGUGUAUUUAUUUAAACCACUUUUCCCCCUUGAUUUUUCUCAUGUAAAUAGCAAUAAAUAUACACCACUGUUGCAACCGUUAGUAGCAUAGUGUGCUGUGCCAGUGCCAAUGGAAAAACCUGUAGCAAACUUGGAACUAUUUUUUUCCCUGUAGUAUUUCUAUUUUUAGCCUCUCUGUGGGAAAAGAGAUAAAACUUUAUGAAAGUAAACAUGCAGUCUAUUAAAGGAGCAGUCAGCGUGGGGGUCAGAUUGAUUGAUUUUUGCCGUAGAUCACAGACUGGCUUCAGGGUUGUAGAGGUGAACCGGGAACCACAAACUGAUGAGAUCCUGUAAAAAAAAAAUUUUGAUGUUGUUUUAUAUUUAUAUUUAAACACCUAAACUUACUGCUAGUCAGUCAGAAGGCCUGUUUUCUGGAUAACACUGACAGUUUUACUUUCUCUCAAAACAUCAAGACUAUGGUUUCAUGUGAGCUAUUACAAAAACAGGCGAAAAAACAAACAGUGGAUUUCUACAGCAAAAAUAAAAAAAGUUCUAGUCAUCUAUCUCUUAAAACAACGCUGAGAGCAAGGCUCACAUUUGUCCUCUGCUGUGCUAAAGCUGCACGUGGCAAGUUGCCAAACCCAAGUGGAGAAGACCUUCACACAUGCAGCCCACAAAAGCAUCCUCAAUGUUUACCUGACAUUAGUGCAAUGCCAAAACAACAAGAACUGCAGCUUUCACUGUAUUUCCUCAACAAGGUGAACAACGCUAUGAUUAAAUGCUACGUGUAUAUCUUACAGGGAAGUGACUGAAAUGAAUCUCUGAGCUUUUUGUAAACGUGUCACGGCCAGUGGUAAAUAAAGAUCCGUCUUUGCUGCAAAGUGUUGAAUCAGCUCUCGUAGCUUCAGCACAAACAGCGGGCCUCUCUGGUGGCUCGCAUUGUUUAUCUGUCAGACAGCGAGAGCCGUGUUUGGCUCACCUCCACGAGGGGAGGACAGCAGCUUCUUGUCUGUUUGUAUGGCUCGCUGUCAUCUCUGCAGGUACAUCCAGCCACAAAACAUUUGACCUGCGUGUCCUGGUUAGUCAUGCAGGAAACAGAUGGCGAUACUAGUAGACAGGAGAUGUUUUGCACUUGCAGGUCUUCUCGUGUGUCUUGUACUUUGGCAUCAUGGAUUUUUAAUUCUUUUUUUUGCUGAGGAUAAUAUAGUUCAGGCAGUCCACUCUAUGCAAAUAGAGGUAGAAGAAAUUCUCUGUGACUAAAGAACCACAUUAAUUCAAUCCACUCAAAGCACUUAACUGAUUGCAUGCUUGCAUAUUAAGCUGUUCUUUUAAAACUAUGCACUACAGAUUUUUUGGCAAUCCAUGUGCACCCAGCUACAUCAUGAUUAUCGCUGAAGAGAAACUCUGCAAAAGUGUGCAUGAUAUGUUCCCCAGGAAGUCUGUGGGAUCUGGGGAAGUGACAGUAGAAGUCUCUGGGUGAUUCAGGAACAAAACUUCUUUUUUUUUUUAUUAAGUAAAGUCAGAACCACGGCCAAGCUGCUAUCACCACAUAAAAGUAAAAAGAAUGCGACAAAAUUUAGCAGCCCGUCACUAAAAGGGAAAUUAAUCAAAUAGCUAGCAAACACUGCACACACAAAUCUCCAUAAGCUCACACACUGCAAACCGAAAUACACUAAAAGACUGAGGUUCUCCUCUCCCUCUGCCUCCGCUUAAAUACUCCCAGGCUUAAUUGCUGAGUGGAUUCAGCUGCAAAGGGCGGUGCAUACGACUGGAGAGAGCGUAAAACAGACACACAGACAGGCAAAAGCCUCAGUAGGCCGUAACAGUGUGCUUUUAUUACAGUACAUAGCAUCGUUUUGUGACAGGACAAAUAAGCUGUUCUAAAUGGGCAUAUUUAAAUGAUAACUUUAGCUCUACAUAUUAUUUAAUUUUUCAAAUGGUCAUUUUCAAGGGGUGGGCAGAUCAAUCCGAAUAUCAAUGGUAUCGACGCUGGUACUGGUAUGAAUCAAUACUAGCAUGAUGGAACCGAUACUGUAGUUUGCUUCUCUUCUGUAAGAUUAGUACAUUGCUCCUCUUCAUAAGAAAGGAGACAUGUCUGUGCAAACUCCACUAAUAGAUAUGUCUAUUUUUGUUCUGUUAACUACUUAUUAUGGAAAGUAAAAUUCACAGUGAUUAGUGGCCAUUAAAAUCUGUUCAGAAAUCUGCAAACUGAUGGUGAGUCAUUGCACUACUCUCCAUGAGCUGCAUUUAAAAGUUAAAAGUAUCAGUAUUAGUAUCGGCAAUACUAGCCCUGUAUAUACUUAGUAUCGGAUCAAUACCACUGUCAUCCAAACCUUGAUCUGUCUGCUUUUUGAACUUUAGUGUCAGAGUUAAAGGCUUUUCAGUUUACUAAACACUGAGUAUAGUGUGUUUGUCAGUGUUUUUGCCACAAGCCACAAGUCCAUUUUUACUGUAUCCUAGAAAAAAAAUAAUCUUGUUACACACUGUUUCCAUAAGCAAUACAGUGGACAAAUUUAAAGGUUACAAUGACCUUCUUUUAUAUAUUUUAAAUGCCAUAUAUAUGCUUUGAAACUACAGUAUGUGGUAAAAACCUGAACUUAAAGUUCUUGGUUCAUACUUUCUCCCAAACUUUGCCACUUCAUCUUCUGCUUUCUCCCGUUUCUGAUCAGCCUUUUAUAAAAAAGCAAAAAACAAACCACUUCACAUGUUUUGAUCCUCAUCUUCUGUCCUCAACUCUUUCCAUCUCUGCUGCGUCUUUUAUUACCACUGCUCAUCACUUCAUCAUGACAGCAUCAUCUGUAACUCUUGCCGCUCACAUUCACACUCGCUUCUCAAGGACCCGGCUGAAUUUCCAAAUGGUCACGGUGGCCUCUAAUCAAUUAAAGCCGGCUUUUAAAAGAGCACUCGAGUUUGUGUUUUUGAACAUGUGGGAAUUCAAGUAACAAUUGGAUUUUCUGUAGCAGUUUAAGAUGCUGUUAUGUUAUGAAGCUCUCACAAGAAUCCGACAGCUUGAGCAUUCAAAGGGAUGCUUUAUGUUUCCCUUGUUAGCUUCUAUAGUUUCAAAUAAUGACAAGCUCUAGCUUCAGACUGCUAUUUACAUUUACUUUCUGACAGUUUUUCUACUAAUCUAUAUGAUGUCAGAUAGGGCUGAUAACCCUAAUAUGGUCAUCUCAUGUACAGAAGCUCCACCCACCUGCUGCUAGUCAGUCAAUCAGAGGGCUUAAAGGAAGAGAGGCUAAAACAACUUGUUCCCAGACAAGACAAGACAAGACAAGACAAGACAGGCCCAGCAUAAGACAAGUAGGAUAAUUUUAGAAUCUGGUUUAUGCAAAGGUACUGGAAGUUGCAUAAUAGGCCCACAGUAUAUGUUUAAAUCAAAGUUGUACAGUGUAAAAUGGUUUUUUUUUUUAAUUUUUUGCUGGUUAAUAUUUAAUUUCAAUAAAAUGUGUAAAAUAAUUGCAGCUUCUACUGAGUUCAACAUAUUUGUGUUAUAUAGAAUUUUUUCUUGUAAAUGUCUGGGUAUUUCUGAACAUAGUGGAAGUUUCACCUGAAUCUAAGGUCAUUACUGCUGCUAUUUCACUGUUAUUCAAGGGCAAUUCGUUUACAAUAAACACUCUAUUCUGUACUAUGGACUUAAAUUUAAAUAGUUAACACGUUGGCUGCUUUACAUUCACAUGAAAUUGUUUUUUGGGGUUUUUGUUUUUUUUUUGCUAAUUCCAUAGCAGUAAUGAUCCUGCUGUUUAUGUAGAUGUACUUUCUUCUUUGUGUUGGGCCUAAACAGUUCACAGCUUGCACUGUUCUUUCUUAUGUGCUUUGUUAACAAUCAUGUAUACUAAGCCCCUGUAAACUGUGACACUUUGAGUCAAGCUGGUUCUGUAUUAUUUUUGAUGUAGAUAAUGAACUUAUCUUUGCUGUCUUAUCAGAAUAUAACUGGCCAAAGUGAUAUCAUUGAUUUUUUUCAUGUUGAGUCUCAUGUCUUAUUUAUUUCACGUCAUUAAAUUUCCACUGGCAUUCA